CCACAAAAUCCAUCGGCAUCGCGAUGUGACGUCGUUUCGCACCCCUCCGAGCUUAGUGCCAGUAGUGCCUCCACCACUACUCUUCCCACUCCUUUUCUUCCUUGUUCGCCGAAAGCACCCAAACCAACCUUCACCAGUCCUCUGCCCUAUUUAUUCGCUCUUUAAAUUCCCUCAAUUCCCCUCUUUCUCGCCCGCAUUCGUGUACGGUCCUCCUUGUCUUCAUCUCAAUUUCCAUGGAACAAGAGCCGCUUCUGCCGACUGAGGAUCUUCGCCGCACUCGCGGGAGUAAUCCCAUGCUCCGCUCCUCCACCUUACGCGCCACUUUCACCCUCCCCUUAACUCGCUACACCACCCGCCUGAUCGCGGCGGAGCACCACCGGAUUUUCCUCGGUGAUUGUACGGAGAACCCAGCGGAGGACGACGAUGACCGACCCCUCGAGGAUAGCAGUUGCGCCUAUUCGAGGCCCAUUUUGGUUCUGGACCUUGUAUGGAACCUGGCCUUCGUACUGGUCACUGCUGGUGUACUUCUUUCCACAUUUGGCGAGCAUCCGUCCACCCCUUUGAGGCUUUGGCUCUGUGGGUAUGCCUUUGAGUGCCUUCUGCAUAUGGGUUUUGUGUGUUUUGAGUAUCGUCGGAGGACUCGAGAUUUUUACGGUGCUGAGCUUGGGCUUUCCUUUUGCCAGAGUUGGAACAGUGUGAAGAAGUUAGAGUCUAUGAACACACUGGUGUCAUCUAUUUGGUGGGUCCUUGGGUUUUAUUGGAUUGUGGUGGGUGGCCAGCAACUUUUGCAAGACUGUCCUCGUAUCUACUGGUUAACAGUGGUCUUUCUUGCCUUUGAUGUGUUUUUUAUCAUCUUUUGCAUUGGGAUGGUGUGUAUAGUUUUCUUUGCUCUCUUUUUUUUCAUCCCGAUAGUAGCAUUAGCUUAUGCUAUGAGAAUCAGAGAGGGUGCAUCAGAAGAGGAUAUCAGGUCUCUUCCUAAGUAUAAGUUUAGUCAGUCAAAUUCAUUGGUGAUGGUUGACAACAGUAAGAAGCAAGUUUCUAAAGCAACUAUGGGUGCAAGCAAUAGCAAUCUUGUCAGCGAAUUAUAUCUCAACCCAGAUGAUUCUGAAUGCUGCAUAUGCCUUUCUCCAUACGUUGAAGGGGCAGAACUUUAUCGCCUUCCCUGCACGCACCAUUUUCAUUGUGGAUGCAUCAGCAGAUGGCUUCGGACAAAAGCAACCUGCCCUCUCUGCAAAUUCAAUAUGCUUAGAAGUGAUACAUUGGUUUGACCAUUCCUGGUGAUCAGAUAGGCAUUUGCUACUCCGCUGACAACAGUUGGUAAAUAAAAUGUGUAGAGUGAGAAAGAGAAAAGAAUUUCCCUACCCCUUCCUUCGAUGUUUCCUUGAAGCAUUUCUUCUUUCGAGUAGAAUGUUGUCAUUGCAUUCUGAACUUUUGUUUAUGAAGAGGAAUCGGAUGUACAUAUUGUAAA